AUGAUUACCGUAUUGCGUUUGGCUGGUAAUUAUGUACCGGAUGAAGUGGUUUCGUGUAUGAUCCAACUAAUAUCCUCUCAUAGUGAGCUCCAACAUUACGCCGCCAUGCAACUGUUUCGAGCUGCUCAACUAGAUUCAACGAAUGCUCAGCCACUGCUUCAGGUCGCAUUCUGGACUAUUGGUGAAUUUGGUGAUUUGCUCCUUCAGCCAGCUGAUGCGGACUCGGCAAAGGUUGAAGAAAGUGACGUAGUGAGUGUGUUCGAAAAUGUCCUUCCAUCAACGUUAACGUCUUUAUCCACGAAAUGUUAUGCGGUUACGGCUCUGGCAAAGUUGGCUACGAGGUUCGGUUCAACGGUGGAUCGUAUAUCUGCACUGGUUCGUGCUAAUCAAGCUCAUCUUCAUCUAGAACUGCAACAGCGAUCAGUCGAGUUUUCUCGGCUGUUGGAUUGUGGCGAUAUCAAAUAUGGCCUCCUUGAACGAAUGCCUGUGAUUCUGCACAACUCACUCAAUGCAGCUGCAGCACCUAUCGAGGAUGGCCCAUCUCUUCUGGAAGAUGGUUCACCAACACCGGCCGCUGCUGCUCCGCCGUCUAACAUAGAUCUUCUGGGUCAGUUAGCUUCGUUGGAUGAACCCGUUCCUGUUGCAGUACCUGCUAAAACAAGUACCAACAAUGACUUAUUUGAUCUCAUGAGUGGCACGACUGUAGUACCUUCAAUGCCUGCUACAAAUUCAGUGCUUGAUGGCGGUCUGUUAGGAGUGUCUGUGUCGAAUCCUAUUUCGACUGUGACGAACGACGCCGCAGAUCCCUUUGACUUGCUGGCAGGAUUUACUAGCACUGCUGCACGUCCUCCUGCGUAA